UUUAAGACCAGAAGUGUCAUCGUGAUGUAAACAAAACUUAUGAACCAAAACAGAGAAAGUGAGAAAUAUACCGGCAAGUGCAAAAAAAGAGAUACAGCGUAAGAGGGGGAAAAUGGGGUUUAUUAAGUAUAUAUUAUUAACUUCCGUGUUAAUAGGCCUGUUGAGUGUAGUUUUACAUGAAAAUUAUCCCCUAUCUAUCUCUUUUUUAAUGAAAAACAAGAAUGUACGAUCUGCGACCAUGGCCAUCCAUAAGUUCAUAAGAGACCUCUAUCCAAGCAGUGAAAAGGGUGAGAAGGGACCAAACCCUGUGAAAGGAAGCAAGAAGCAUAAGGAAAAGAUAUUCACAGAAGAGGAACUCAAGAAUUACGAUGGGAAGGAAGGGCGGAAGGGCCCCUAUUUGGCCAUUCUGGGAAGGGUCUACAAUGUGAAGAAGGGGAAGCAGCAUUAUGGGGCUGGAGGAGGCUACGAGUUCUUUUCAGGUCGGGAUGCUAGUCGUGCUUUUGUCAGUGGAGACUUCUCAGAGGCAGGCUUGGUGGAUGACGUUUCAGGGCUGUCGAACCCUGACUAUAUUGGCCUUGAUGAUUGGGUCAAAUUUUAUGAAAAAGACUACAAAUAUGUGGGCAAGCUAAUUGGCCGGUACUAUAAUGAACAGGGAGAGCCCACACAGUACAGUAAUCUGGUGCAGCAGUGGAUAUCAGAGGCUUAUGCACAGAAGGAGGACGAGAACCAGGAGAAGAGAAUUUUCCCUCCAUGCAACUCCGAAUGGACACCAGAGGCAGGAUCAAGAGUCUGGUGCACUACAAAGAGCGGUGGAAUACAGCGAGACUGGACGGGAGUUCCAAGGAAACUUUUCAGCCCUGGCCAGGGUAGGUCGAGGUGUGCUUGUGUAAAGAACUUUGGCGCACCAUCACAUGACCCAAAUAGAAAACCCAAUGAUAAUAGAGGAGAUCUUGAUAAUCCAAAUAUACAGGAAUAUAAAGGAUGUCCACCAGAGGAGACAUCAUGUUAUAUUAAAGAGAAAUGAAAAUGUGUUUAGCUCUUAGGA